UUUUGGAGGAUUUUCUUAAAAGUAAAGUGAAUGGAGAAUUUAGUGGGAAUAUCUUGCAUAAAUUGGACUUUAUCUGCGUCUGAAAUACGACACGAAACAAAUAAGCUUAUUGAUAAAACUAGAUCGGUUUAUGAUGAAAUUGGUUCUUUGACAACGGCGGAAGUUUCUUUUGAGAAUACAAUCAAGUAUUUAGGAGAUCAUAUGGCAUACCAUUGUACCAUACAGAAUAUUGUGGAAUUCUUGCAGCAUGUUUCACCAGAUAGUUAUAUUCGUGAAGCCAGUACACAAUCAGAUAAAAAGAUUUCAGGAUUCUUAAUUGAAAUGAGCAUGAGAGAAGAUGUUUUCAAUAAUCUGGUAUUUUUACAGAAAAACAAAAAAGAAACUUUAAAAGAUGCCGAGUCCGUUAGAUAUCUUGAGCGAUUGAUCAAAGUUGGGAGGAGAAACGGUGUGCAUCUUUGUCAAGAAUUAAGGCAUCAAUUAAAAGAAAUAAAGAAGACAACAGGCGAACUUUGUAUUGAUUUUGGAAAGAAUUUGAAUGAUGAUAAUACGAUUUUGGAAUUUUUUGAAAACGAUCUCACUGGUCUUCCUUCAGAAUUUGUUGAAAGCUUAGAAAAGAAUGAAAACGGUGCUAGAAAGAUCACACUAGAGUAUCCCCAUUACUUCCCUGUUAUGAGAAAGUGUUCAAAUCCUAAAAUUCGUCAAGCUAUAGAGAAGGUGUUCAAUUCCAGGUGUUUAAAGGAAAAUACUGAAAUAUUGGAACAGUUGGUUGAUCUACGACAAAAAAUGGCGACAAUACUCGGUUAUUCAACUCAUUCAAGUUACAUUCUCGAAAUGAGGAUGGCUAAAACACCGGAAACCGUUGCAGAUUUUCUUUCAGAUCUCACUCGUAAAUUGAGAUCAUUAGGUGAAGAUGACCUAAAGACGAUGCUUGAUCUGAAACAUAAAGAAUGCAAAGAACUUGGCUUCGAUUUUGAUGGAAAGAUAAAUGGUUGGGAUUUGCGAUAUUAUAUGAACAAAAUAGAAGAAAUCAAAUAUGCUGUUGAUCAAAGUAAAAUCAAAGAAUACUUUCCAAUGUCCUUUGUGACAAAUGGUCUUUUAUCAAUAUACCAGGAACUUCUUGGAUUGAAAUUCGAAGAAAUUAAGAAUCCUCCUGUUUGGUGCGAUGAAGUGCGCAUGUUUAGUGUAAAAGAUAGUGAAUGUGGUGAACUAUUGGGAUAUUUUUAUCUCGAUUUAUUUCCAAGAGAAGGCAAAUUUGGACACGCCGCAUGCUUUCCUAUACAGCCCGGUUGCAGACUAGCUGAUGGAUCGAGACAGCUUGCCGUUGCGGUGAUGGUUGCAAAUUUUACGAAGCCAAGUUCAGAUCGACCUUCGUUACUGAUGCAUACUGAAGUAGAAACUUAUUUCCACGAAUUUGGUCAUGUGAUGCACAGUUUGUGUAUCAAAGUUAACUAUCCCAUAUUCAGUGGAUUGAAUGUCGAACGUGAUUUUGUGGAAGCACCGUCACAGAUGUUGGAAAACUGGUGCUGGGAAAAGGAACCUCUAAGGAGAAUGUCGUCGCAUUUUAAAGACUCCACGCCGCUACCUGAGGAAAUGUUGGAUACUUUAAUCAAGUCACGUUACGCAAAUGUUGGUGUUAGUAAUUUAAGACAGAUACUACUUGGAAGUUUUGAUCAAGCCAUCCAUACUCGAGGAAAGGCUGACACUGCAAACAUAAUGGCAAAGCUUUCCCAGGAGAUUUUGCAAGUUGCCGCCACUCCAGGAACUAAUAUGGCUGCAUCAUUUGGUCAUUUAACCGGAGGAUAUGACGCCCAAUACUACGGUUAUCUUUGGAGUGAAGUUUACUGUAUGGAUAUGUACCACAGUCGCUUCAAGAAAGAAGGAAUUAUGAACGCUAAAGUUGGAAAGGAAUACAGGCGUUGUAUCUUAGAGCCAGGUGGAUCUCUGGACGCAAUGGACAUGUUGCAAAAUUUCCUUGGUCGUAAACCAAACAACAAAGCUUUUUUGAAGAGCAAAGGAUUGAACGUUGACGUUUGAUUGUGUAACAUAUCAGUUAGAAGGAACAACUCGCGUAUACGUUAAUUCUCAUUUAUUUAUUGACAUCAAUGUUAUAGUUGUAGAAAUGUACGAUCAUUGCAUGCGUAAAGCAACGCUAACUUUUCGUUUUAAAGUGCUCAAGAAACAAAAUUUUCAUCUUGAAUAAAAAAUCUCUUACGAAAGGUACCGUUUGACGAAAAAAA